GUUUCUGUUGCAUUCGUCUACAACUUGCUGUUCGUGAUCGCCAGACAGGUGUUCGUGGAUCUGAUGGGACCCACCGCCGUAGCCAUCUGUGUGGACUCUUCGUCCGGCAGGAACACCAACCGUGAGUGCACCGACGACCAGCUGAUGAACAUGCAGGCGAUGCCAGUGCAGGAGCAAUACCCCGAUAUGGGAUGGUCCCGUUGGUGGUGGAUUCGAUUACUCUGGGCGAUAUUCGAUCUAAUCAUGGACUUAAUUUACUGCACAGACAUGUUUUUCCGCACACGCACUGGUUUUCUGGAACAAGGUCUCGUCGUUAGGGAUAUCGACAAAAUCAAGAAGAAAUACUAUGCGAGCAAACAGUUCAAGUACGACUUAGUAAGUUGGCCGUGGCCGUUUUCGUCGUUUCGUCCAUUCCCUGUGGUACGUUUGAAUAGGCUAUUUCGACUGGACAGGGUUCGUGACUGCAUUGAACGUACAGAGACAAGAAGUUCGAUGCCAAAUGCAUUUCGAGUGUUGUGUGUCGUGUGGUACAUAAUCGUGAUCAUUCACUGGAACGCUUGCUUCUAUUUCUGGAUCUCGGAAAUGAUCGGCUUAGGAACAGAUGGCUGGGUAUAUGGACCUCUCAACAAGCAGAGCUUACCCGAAAACGUCAAAGAUACUCUUCUUCGGCGGUAUAUCUACAGCUUUUACUGGUCGACUUUGAUUCUUACAACGAUUGGCGAGGUUCCUGGACCAGUGCAAAAUAUCGAGUAUCUUUUCGUUACUUUGGACCUGAUGUGUGGAGUGCUUAUAUUCGCUACAAUCGUCGGUAACUUAGAGGCACGGGUGAUCAAGUGGUUCGAUUACCUCUGGGCGAACAAACAGUCGCUAAGUGAUCAGCAGGUGUUGAAAGUGCUCCCUGACAAGUUGCAAGCCGAAAUCGCCAUGCAAGUGUUUUCUCCAGGAGAUUACAUCUGUCGGAAAGGUGAUAUUGGUAGAGAGAUGUACAUUGUGAAAAGGGGCAAGUUAGAAGUGGUUGGUGACGACGGACAAAAGGUUUUCGCAACAUUGCAAGAGGGUGCUGUUUUCGGAGAGCUAAGCAUUCUAAACAUUGCAGGUAGCAAGAAUGGAAAUCGCCGAACGGCUAACGUUCGGUCAGUUGGCUAUACGGAUCUGUUCGUGCUCAACAAGAACGACUUGUGGAACGCGCUAAGGGAGUAUCCAGAUGCGAGGAAGUUGCUCUUGGCCAAGGGCCGAGAAUUGUUGAAAAAAGAUAACCUUUUGGACGAGAAUGCUCCAGAAGAACAGCAAACCGUAGAAGAGUUGGCAGAACAACUCAACAACUCUGUGAAAGUCCUGCAAACCAGAAUGGCUCGUUUGAUUGCGGAACACACGAGCACCGAGACGAAACUCAACAGCCGUAUCGAGCUCUUAGAAAAACAGCUUCAUCGGUACAAAACGCUUGCGAGGAAACAAAAAAGUCUGCAGUUGCGGUCGGUGAGUCACGACGAUGGCUAA